AUGUGGGAGGUGCUUCCCACUCUCCCGGCCCCACAGGUUCCCCCACCCGCCGGCAUCCACGGGACCCCCUCCAUUCCCAUCAUGCUGCUCCAGAGCUCCUGGGCUGUGCUGCUCCUCUGCGCCACUGCUGGGUUUUGGGGGUGGCUGGGCCUCGCUGCCCACCCAGAGAAGGAGGAGCUCUGGGAGACCUGGAUGAGGUCAGCUCUGGAUGAGAUCCCCGUGGCCCAGCUCGUGCAGGACAUCGCCCACCGGAUGGGGAAUAUGAGCAGCCGUGGAGCUGCAGAGCUCCAGGGAGGACACCAGGUUGUCCCAUCCAACCUCCAUCAGGAGCAGGAAAGACCUCAGGAUGUUCAUCCUCAGCCAGAGAGCAUCCUGGUCCUUCAGGAGGUGAUGGAGAAGCUGCAGAAGGUCAACCAGAGCCUGGAGCUGGUGCUGACAGCCUUGGAAGAUGCACAAAGCCGGCUGGAAAAGCACCUGGAGCACCUCAAAGCCAUCCCUGACCCAGAUGGUCAGAGCCAAAGUGUCACCUCCUCCUGCAUCCCACACAGCUCAUACUUCACGCUCCUGGUUCUCCCACUGGUGCCAGCGUCAUUCCAGGCCAUCUUUCUCCUCCUCUUCCUCGCUUCCAGCGCCCUCGGCAUUCCAGCAAUCUCCACUCUCCUGGUCCUGGCUGCAGCAGGGCACUGGCUGCUGGCAUCCGGCUGCCGUGGUGCCGGAAGGAUCCGGCCAGUGGUUCCCCGGGAAAAGGCUCGGUACCGGCUCACCUCCACCCCGGAGAGGGAAUGUGACAUGGAGCUGCUGCAAGAGGAGUUGGACAGGAUGGAGAUGAGCUGCCUGCAGAAUGAGAGGUGCCCACAAGAGCCUUCACACCUGGAGCAGCCCCAAGAAGUGGCCAGAGACAUUCCCAAAUUCACAGGGCAGGUGUCACCUGACCCCGAUGGCCAGAGGACAACACCGAGCUCCUGUGGGGUGACACCGGAGCCGGUCAUGGAUGCUGGGAAGCUCCUGGAGCCCAAAGCUUGCACCCCAAGGGCCAACAUGUCCCCGUGCCAGGGCCUCACCAGGGCUGGGCAGCGGUGCCGGAAGAAAGCGAUUCCCGGGCUGGAAUUCUGCCACAUCCACACCACCAGCAGUAGCUCGGCCAUGGAUUCAUCCCCCCGUUUUUGA